GUCCCCCCUCGCUCCUCUCCUUUCCAUCACCAAAUUUUCCACUUCUAAGUUUUGUUGUCCCUUUCUCUCCUGGCUGUCAAACCAAAACAAAUUAAAACAAGAGGAUUAGAUUUGCUUCCUGAUAUUUCCAGAACUUCACACACUUCUUUCUUUCUUUCCCUGUACCAAAUAAUUAACCUCUCUACUCUCCAUUUUUAGGUUACCUUUUUCUCCAAGAGACCCAGAAAGAAAAACCCAAUUCCCUAACUCUGUUAAUUGUGUCGUGUUUGCUUUACCUUUUCCCCUCCAUACACUCUCGACCAAGCAGGAAGGAAACCCAGAUAGACACCUGGAAAGGGUUUUUUGUUCCUUUUAGUUGGCUGGGAAUCAGGCUUGGAUAUUUUUCUCUGCACGGACAACAGAAGGGAACGAGAAGAGAUGGCGCUGCAGUUGUUCUUCACGGUAGCUUUCUCGGCUAUUCCUUUGACUCUGUAUAUACCGCCAGUGCGGAGCUUGAAUCUGUUUGUGGAGACGAUGGAGGAUCUGGUGAGAGAGUCUAGGGUCUACACGGUCAGGUACUAUCCACGAGCCAGGAACGUCUGGUCAAGACUCUGGAACAUCUUCCUCUGCAAUUUCAGGUUGCGUUCAACUACUACUAGAUGAUCUUUCUUCCCUCCCUAUUUUCUCUUCUUCUUUUGCGCUUAGGAUAAAUAACCAACAGUUGGUUUGUACAUUCUCCUCCCCUGUUUUUGGGUUCUGGGUUCCGGUUUUCCCUUUUGUUUGUUUGAGGAGUUGCCGGUUUACUGCAAUAAUUGGUGCAAUCGCAUCAAGUGGAUCUCUUUCAUUUUGCUAUUGAUAGUGGUUGUGCGCUAGCGCUACGGGACUGUAUAUUGCAGAGAUCAAGUAGUGUUGUGUGUGAUGAUGAGCUUUUGUAUAAAAUCCCAGGCCGUUU